AUGAAGGAAAACAGGGGGAAUCCACUGCACCUCUCAUCCCUGAACCACAUAUCACUCGUCUGCAAAUCAGUUGAGGAAUCAACUUCCUUUUACCAAAAUGUCCUCGGGUUUGUACCCGUCAGGAGGCCCGGGUCACUCAAGUUCGAUGGAGCAUGGCUGUUUGGUCAUGGGAUUGGAAUUCAUCUGCUGCAAUCCGAAGAUCCAGACAAUAUGCCGAAGAAAACAAUGAUUAAUCCCAAGGAUAAUCACAUAUCUUUCCAGUGUGAGAGCAUGGGGAUGGUGGAGAAGAAGCUGACAGAGAUGGGGAUCGAUUGGGUGCGGCAGAGGGUAGAGGAAGGCGGGGUGUAUGUGGACCAGCUGUUCUUCCACGACCCAGACGGGUUCAUGAUCGAGAUAUGCAACUGUGACAACAUGCCAAUUGUACCCCUGGCUGGGGAGAUUGUACGCUCAUGCUCCCGGCUCAACAUGGUGCAGCAACAGCCGCAGCCGCAGCAGAUCCACCCUCCCGUGGUGCGACCUUAA